GGCGUCGUUUGAUCUAAAACCUGAAACAAUCGCAUCCUUCUUCUUCCUUACAAGCGCCGACUUCAAUCUUUUUUUUUUUUUUUCUCCUACGAAUCUCAUCAGCUUCAAUCUCUUCUUCUUUGAUUUUGCUGUCAGCUUUAUCUCUAUAGGAUUUUUUUGGAUCUAAGUUUUGGAAGCAUGGAGGUGCUUGAUAUUGAUGCCCGAGCGGCUAAGCUAGGAAUUGAUUGGUCUCAGGUUAAUCUUGAUUCCAUCCAACUUCCUCCUGGACAAGACUUUGGGAUCGAGAGUGAUGAUGAAGCUGUUUACCACGAUGACCAGUCAGAAUUCGACACUGGAUUCGGUAACAUUAUCGUGGUUGAUCACCUCCCUGUUGUUCCCAAGGAGAAGUUUGAGAAACUUGAAGGUGUUGUCAAGAAAAUUUACAACCAGAUAGGUGUGAUCAAGGAGAAUGGUCUGUGGAUGCCUGUUGAUCCCGUUACCAAGAUGACAUUGGGCUACUGUUUUAUUGAGUUCAAUUCCCCUCAGGAAGCACAAAACGCUAAGGAAAAGUCUCAUGGCUACAAGUUGGACAAGUCUCACAUCUUUGCUGUAAACAUGUUCGAUGAUUUCGACAGGUUGAUGAAUGUGAAGGAGGAGUGGGAGCCUCCUCAGGCCAGGCCGUAUGUCCCUGGGGAAAAUUUGCAAAAGUGGCUUACUGAUGAAAAAGCCCGGGACCAGCUCGUCAUUCGUUCUGGCCCUGAUACAGAAGUUUUCUGGAAUGAUGCUAGGCAGAAGAAUCCCGAACCUGUUCAUAAACGUCCUGUAAGUUACUUAGAUCUUCCUAUCGAAUGGGACCCGACUGGAAGGUAUGUUGCAACUGCUGUGACAUCAGUCCACGAGAUGGAAAAUGGGUUCACCAUAUGGUCUUUCAACGGGAAUUUGCUUUACCGGAUUCUGAAGGAUCAUUUCUUCCAGUUGGCUUGGCGUCCAAGACCGCCAUCAUUUUUGACUGCGGAGAAGGAAGAUGAGAUAGCAAAGAACCUGAAGAAGUACAGCAAGAAGUACGAGGCAGAGGACCAGGACGUGUCUUUGCUGUUGAGUGAACAAGACAGAGAGAAGAGGAAGGCACUGAAUGAAGAGUGGGAGAAAUGGGUAAUGCAAUGGAAGUCUCUGCAUGAAGAGGAGAAACUCGCGAGGCAAAGUCUUCGGGACGGUGAAGUUAGUGAUGUGGAAGAAGAUGAGUAUGAAGCCAAAGAAGUUGAGUUUGAGGAUGUUAUUGAUGUAACUGAGGAAAUCGUUCAAGAGUCGAUGUAAGUUUCUCGGUAUCUUUUGUCGCCUUCUCUUAUUGUUCUUCGGAUCUCUUGUAUGUUUUAUUUAAUCUGCGCUCUCUAAAAAUCAAAUGGAGACUUUUUGGUUCCUUGGAUAGAGUUUUUGUUGUUAUCAAUUAAGUUUUCUUCAUUACACUUUGUUUCCAAUUUCAUUGAUUAAUUAAGCAUUUUAAACC